CUAAAGUUCCAAAACUAAUCAUAGAGAAAAAUGAGUUUCCCAAUUACAAAAUGCGUACGGCCAUGCAGCCGAGCAUCCAUCCCCACACUCCAAAAUGUGAGCACCACUAUUACUCCUAAGCGUACCAAUAUCAGCAUGAAGCCUCAAUCUCCAAAUAAGUUUGAGCAAAUGAAGUGGUCGUCGUCGUCGCUGGCCGCGGGCAAGCUGAGCCAGAGGUGGGAGGACUACCAAGGAGUCGACAACUGGGAAGGCCUCCUCGACCCCCUCGACGACACCCUCCGCAGCGAGAUCAUAAGGUACGGCAACUUCGUCGAGGCCGCCUACUGCUCCUGCAACUUCGACACCUCCUCCUCCUCCUCCUCCUCCUACGCCUCCUGCCGCUUCUCCAAAUCCAACAUUCUCCCCAAUUCAGGCUUCCCCAACACCGGAUACCGAGUCACAAAGAAUCUCACGGCCACUUCAGGAAUCCAGCUUCCAGGCUGGGCCGAGCGCGGCCCAACCUGGAUGGCCAUGCAGUCCAGCUGGAUCGGCUACGUGGCCGUCUGCCAGGACCGCAAGGAGAUCGCCAGGCUCGGCCGCCGCGACGUCGUUAUCGCCCUCCGCGGCACCGCCACCGGCCUCGAAUGGCUAGAGAAUAUGAGAACCAAUCUCACUCCACUGUCCAACGACGACGACGAGCCAAUGGUGGAAAGCGGCUUCCACAGCCUGUACACGUCAGCAUCCAGCAACAAGCCGAGCUUGCAGACUCUAUUAAGAGACGAAAUAUCAAACAUUCUACAGAAAUACGGCGACGAGCCGCUCAGCCUCACCAUCACGGGCCACUCCCUCGGCGCCGCGCUGGCCACCAUCGCAGCCUACGACAUCAAGGAGACGUUCAAGCACGCGCCGCUCGUGACCGUGAUCUCCUUCGCGGGGCCGCGCGUCGGGAACUGGAGCUUCCGCUGCCGCCUCGAGGAGCAGGGGACCAAGGUCCUCCGCAUCGUGAACUCCGACGAUCUCAUCACGAAAGUGCCCGGGUUCGUCAUCGACAACAACGACUUCUCCGGCAGCUACACGGCGGCCGCGGCCGGGUGGGUGAGGAAGCUCGUGGAGGACAUGCAGUGGGUGUACGCCGACGUCGGGUGCGAGCUGCGCCUCAGCAGCCGCGACGCGCCUGACCUCAGCGGAAUCAACAUCGCCGCCUGCCACGAGCUCAAGACAUACCUCCACCUCGUCGAUGGCUUCGUCAGCUCCAAUUGCCCAUUCCGCGCAACCGCUAGAAAAAUGAUGAACAAAACCCUUGCUCAAUAAAUUCACCAUUCAUCUCUAAUUAAAUUUAACACGUACAGUAGUACAUUUGAAUGUAUACAUUUAAUUGAUUUUUAUUUUUACUUUUACCAAGAUCCCAAAAAUCUGUAAAAGGUAUGAGUCAUUCCCCACUAGUUAACGUGGAGUGAUCAUUGUACAAAAGAUCAAGAAUAGGAAAAAUUCGAUCAAGAUAUUUCUAUA